AUGGAUUCAGAUAACACACAACAAGAGAUAAACAGCUCAGUAAAAUAUAGAAGACGGUUAGAUAGAACUCCAGACAAGAAUUUUAUGAUUCUACAAGACGCUGAUAAGAUACGGCUGAACACGUUGAGGAGUACAUUGGAGGAGGCCAAGUCGCGAAUUGUGAGACUGAGAGAUGAAAACGAUGAGAAAGACUUCAUCAUUGAGGAGGAACGAAAACUACGCCAGGUUGCCGAGGAAAACUUACAAAAACAUCUGGUAGAUUUGUACAACAAUCCUGAUGUAAUAUCUGAACUACAGCAGCGUUUACCGCGGGCUAGAAAAAUGUACACUGCCAGUCAUGAACCAGUGAUGAUAAUGAAAAAUCGUCAACAGUCCAAUAGUCGGUUUGAUGGGGCCUCUUUGAUGGUAUUUGACAUUGACAGUUUGACAGUUGAUGGUAUUUCACAGGAACAGUUGAUGGCACUUGAUGAUGGUGAAGUUGUAUUUGUUUUUACAGGCAGACAAGAAGAAUCUCUCCACCAUCUACAUGAAAACUCAGAUCAGCUCUCCAGACCAAGACAGUUGGAUCCUUCCCUAGGAGAAAAUUAUUUCUCCAGUAGAGAUCUAGGACAACCACCGGAUAAUUCUCUUUUGGACCCUGGUCAAGACUGGUCUUCUCUCAUGUCCAUAUCACAGCUGCUGCCCCCAUACAUCAGCCCGAAUGUAUAUGCUGGCCAGCUGUCCCCUGUCAGCUGGAGCAGUCAAGAAUCUUCCAUCUACCAAGGUCUUCCUCAAAGAGACAAAGAACAAACAUCAAGAUCUCAUUUGAUGACAAGCAAACAGAUAUUACGUACAGCAGCAACUCAGACUACACCACAAGAUAUUCCCACUCAGGCUAACUCACUUCUGCCAGACCCAGUCGCCACUCACAAUAAAUUUAAUAUACAUGAGCCAACUCUUCAGUUUUCUGCUUAUUCUACAUCUCUUCCAUCGCUGCAUGACCUCGCCAACCCUAGUGCUACCCAGCCAGUAUUACUUCAGCCUCGCCUCACCCCAUACAGCAGUCAUAGAUAUCAUCCAGCUGACUUGGAGCCAGAUUAUGUCAGCCAGACAUCGAGGCUGCUCAUCGAGAUUGCAACGCUGAAGAAGGAAAAUGAAGAGCUGAGAGAGAAGCUGACAAAAGCCAGUCAUGAGAUUGAGUCGCUGAACAGCAAUACAAAGAAUGCAGAGGAUGUCAGCCUAAAUAGGCUUGGAUCUCUGAUAGAAGAGAUCCGGGCGGCCGAGAAGAAACGGGAUGUUGCACUAAAGGUGCUGGCGGGUGAUGUUGAUGAGGACAGGCCGCCUGAGAUGGAACAGCAUGCCCAUGUGAAGAAAAAAU